AUGACGGUUACGCAAAGUGACCGACGUCAGCCGCCGACUGUGUCUCAGAGCAUGUGCCUCCCAAGUGGCGCCGAAGAUGGUACCGGGGUCGAUCUUCCGUUCAAUGGCAUAGCAGCCGGAAGGGACUUUCGCUUCUGCUAUCUCGCUAAACGUGCCGAAUGCCCAGACUCGUUGCUUGGUCGCGUCCACGUGCAGCCUUCAUCCGGCAUCAUGCUGUCCACCCCCCCAUCACACGACCCACACGACCCUGCAGAAUGCAUUUCUGGUUGUAGUCUCCUGGAUCCAUUAGCAAGGAACACGUCUGGAGAUUUCGCCGAGUGUGCAUCGCAGGCUGAUCGCAGCCUAGCGUGGGACGCUCGAUCUGAAGACGGACCGGACGAUCGGACCGGCGCCACACUGCCUUUUCUGGGGAGGUUGCCGCAUCCGAUUGCCAAGAGGCCGAGGCGUAAAGGCAGGCCGAGUUUCGCCAAUUCCGAUGCACGUCUGCCGGAGUCCUGGAUGCAUCCGGAAAACUGUUGCGCAAGGCGACAUUGUUCGGGACUACGCCACGCCGAGAGCACGCUGGGCCACGGCCCAUCUUCCUGGAAUCAUGCAGCGCAGCACGCCAUCGAGACUAUCCCUACGGCGACAGCGCGGAGUUGA